AUGUUGGAGUAUGAGCUGCUACACUACGGGUCAAGGACGAUGCAGAGUCCAUCAGAGCGCGGAAGUGUGAGAUGUGAAUGCGUUGGUGUGAAGGAAGGUGGAUCCGGUGGGAUUUGGUGUGAGGCGGUGGUGCUUGUGGCUGGGCCGGAGAGCGUGCAGCCUCAGAAUCAUGGGGCUCCCUCGCAGGGGAUGCUGCGGCUCCGUGCCCUAUUCGGGGAGAAGUCCCACGGUCACUCGGGGAGCCUGGACUCCUCGCUGCCCCGUCCGGCCGCAGUCUUCCCCUUUCCCAUGCUGGAACUCACUCGAGAGGGGUAUCUUCAUCUCAAGACUGUGAUAAUUGAUGGCAAGUUGGCUGGACCAACCUUCAGUCUCAUCCAAGAUCAAGAACUCACUCGAGAGGGGCAUCUUUAUCUCUUUAGCUCUGCUACUCUGGUAUCCUCUGCAGCUCUGAAUGAACACCCUUGGAUAGAUCUUGGAUGUGACUCGAGGCUGACUGGAUCAUCCUUCAGUCACAUCCAAGAUCUGUCCAAAGCUGUUAAUUCAGAACUGCAGUGGCUACUCAAAGCAGAUGCUGACACCUUCCAGAAGCGGCUUCACCACUUGGAGGUAUUUCCACCCUUCCCCAACGCAUAUGUUGCUCGUUUACAGGAACUCCAGGAACAACCUACAGCACGUCCAGAUGAUCGACCCAAAUCAGAGGAGUCGAAGGGAAGCAUUGGGGCGGAGGAGGAGGAGGAGGAGGAGGAGGACGGGAAGGCAGAAGGGGGAGAAGACGGAUCGAAGAAAGAGGGAGGAGACGGUGGGAAGGAGGGUGGUGGACACGCCCCCCGGCCGAGUCUGGGGCUCAGCCGACAGAAGGUGGAGGAGGAAUGGGCGAAGGCGAAGCGGGACCUGGAGACCGACGACGACCUGGACGAGCUGGCCGACCGUCCCUCCGAUCUGAAGAAGAUGGGAGAGUCGCGUCGACAGUCGUUCGGGGGAUUCCUCAGGCCCGCGGCUUACCACGGGAUGACUCCCUCACGAGCUUCUUUCCCGCCUGCAGUGGGAACUCUUCCGGAGAUGUCCAUGCAUCAGCACGCGAUGCUGAGGAGAGGAAAUUCUGCCGAGGGAAUCACCCACCCGCGACUUCCCACCACCCACUUCUUCGACGCUUCCAAGACGUUCGCUCACGAGACCCUCAGGCGUGCGCGCUCCCUCCGAUCUCAGGGGUCGAGAGAGAAGCCGCCGAGUCUUUCGUCGCAUCACUCACCCGGAGAUGCGUUCUCGCAUCAUCAUCAUCAUCAUCAGGUCGUGCCCCUGGCCAGCAACGGGAACGUUCGUUGCGGUUCUCUGGAUUCCCUCAGGGAAGCGUACGACAAGGACAAGCUCCCCGACACCAAGGAAGAAGCUAGCGAUUUGAUGCGCAGCAUCACUGCCUCCUUGGAGCAGCGCCUGAAGGAUCUCAGGGACCGUGGGAGGGAGAAGAGAUCGGCAGAAGGAGAGAGCGAGAAGAGGGGGAACGAAGAAGUACCGAUGGAGAAGGAGGAAGAGGAAGGGGGGAGGGGAGGCAGGGCGAUGGAGGAAGAGUGUAAGAGAGAAGGCAGAGACGAGGAAGGAGAAUCGUUUCAGGAUCCCAGUCUCCACCGUCUGCGUUCUCCACCUGCCGUCCCUGAACUCCAGGAACAACCUACAGCACGUCCAGAUGAUCGACCCGAAUCAGAGGAGUCGAAGGGAAGCAUUGGGGCGGAGGAGGAGGAGGAGGAGGAGGAGGACGGGAAGGCAGAAGGGGGAGAAGACGGAUCGAAGAAAGAGGGAGGAGACGGUGGGAAGGAGGGUGGUGGUACCCCGGGGAAGAGGAGGCCGUCGAGGAUCCCCGUGCUGGGACGCGGGGGGAUCGGGAUCCAGCGGUCGGACUCCUUCGGGAAGACGACGGCCGUGAGCGUGAAGACGGCUGCGAACCUCAUCAGCCUGCUGUCGCAGGGCGGGGGAGGGAGGAGGAGGCCCGCGGAGCACGCGGUGAAGCUGGACGCGAAGACGAGCGUGAAGGAGCUGAGGGAGAAGUUCGAGAAGGGGGUCGCGGCGGGGAACCCGGGGAACAACAAGAGCAAGAGCAGCAAGAAGGCCCAGCGGCGGGUGAAGCGGCGGCACACGGUCGGGGGGACGAAGGACUUCGAGGUCCUCCGACGGCUCUUCCAGCACGCAUACGCCACGUCCCGCAAGACGUGGGAACCGGAUCAGGGACUCAAGGCGUGGCUGAGUCGGGAGCAGAUGCGGACCAGUUCCCCCGAGCUCAGCCCCAAGGGUUACAACAGGUGGCAGGAGCGGAUCCUCCAGCGGGACGGUUUCCCCCAGCGGGACGGUUUUCCUCAGCGGGACCCUUUUCCCCAGCGGGACGCUUUUCCUGCCGCCUUCCUCUCCAUCCCCGUGGAAUCCAAAGUCUGAACCGAGGGGGGUUCGUCGUCUUUUCCGCCGCCGAUUUUGGGUUCGGGGAUACGUGGUCUUUCAUGGAAUAUGUCUUCGUUCCCAUUGCUCAAUUUAUUGUUGACAGAGAGAGAGAGAGAGAGAGAGAGAGAGAAAAA